AUCAGCCUGUAGAGUUCCGAGACGUUAAAGGCAGGAAGGAGUUGUUUGUGAUCGUGAAUGAAAAGCCGGAGGGAAGUCCGAACCCGACGGCAACAGACUGGCCAGAGGAUGACGCGUUUGAACAGGGGACCAAUCUUAAUUCGCCGUACGCACACGUUGUCGCUGAUGUCAGCUGGGAAGAGGAUAUUUUGCCAGACGUACCUCGAAAUUUGCGCCAAGAGACAGAGACUGAAGAUGAUCCAUGGAAGGGUGUGCGUCAAAAAGGGGGAGUGUACGGAAAGGGUUCUGAUGCACAGGUUCACGCGUCAGCGAAACGCACCGAUUCUGAAUCAGAAUGCAGUCAUGAACCCUUUAACGUCUCUCUCUGCAGUGAAAGGUCACCUGGAAAGCUAAGGGAAGACAUGAACCAAGAAUCCGUGGCAUCUUAUCUCAUCGAUGCCUGUCACGAGCGGAAAGCCUUGGGAGUGCCUCACGAAGUGAAUGCGUUGUGCAAUGUGCCACCAUGUCUUUCGCUCAGACCAGACAAACACCAGCCGCCCAACAACAUCGCAAUAUUGCCGGACAAUUACGGAUCGAAAUAUGUGCCAGUUCAACCCUCUGACGAUGAACUGUACGCUGCAUACAUGACUGAUGUGGAGCACUUGCAAGAGAGUCUAACAAAGCAGAUGCAGGAGAACAACGAAAUCCUGGAAAGAAAUGGUGCAAUAACAGCGUGGCAGAACCGCUCAGCAGACAGCCCUGGCAGGGCAGGCUCCGCUGAGCUAUCUAUCGACUCACCUGCGGCUGACACAGACCGCGUCCCAAUGACACCGACACUCGAGCACGGCAGACGCAGUCCCGACACUGAGGCCGACACCCCUGCGGCCGUGCGCGAGGCGUCGAGCAAGAGCGGGCGGCGCGCUGUCGACGACGAAAGCAGGCUGGUGUCGAUAGACACCGUGUACUUUGUGCCCGGCACGCCGCCGCCGGUCGGCAGGACGCCGGUGCUGCUUAGCUGCGUCCCCCGAGAUUCGGAUCUCCCUCGAGAUCCGGAUCUCGGUGAGCCGGUCGCGCCCACCGCUCGAAGUCCCGGCGAAGCGGCCACGACUGCUAGUCCGGACCGGGGCGAGUCGUUCGCUUCCGCCGCCCUGGCCACGGGAGAGGGGGUGUGCUCACCAGCGCAGGCAGGACUGGACUUGCGCGAGUUAAGUGACGCCGUUUUUCCACGCGAGGGCGCAGCCGUGGAGAAUAGAGCUAUCGCUCGCCCAAAAAGAGCCAGUGAUGCCCGAAUGGACACCAUGUGGGCAUGGGAGGUCACGAAAAGUGGAACCCUGCCGACUGAGAACGGCAGGGACAGCCUUCGCGGUGUGAAGUGUGUCAGCACCGGCGGACGAAAUCCUGACGCCAGGAGCCGGCUCCUGAUGCCGCCAGCUUCACCGGACGGAUACGUGGCUCAACUCAUCAGUAGACACUCCCAGGGUGGAGUGGACGACAGUGCUGUCAUGCCAAAGGAGACCAUGUGGCAGACCCUUUUUCCUCCCACGGAAAUCUGCCUCGAAGAACGCAAGAAGAUGUUGGAGAUAGGAAAAACCUCGGACAUGAAACCAAAGGCCCAGCCUGUGGUGCGCGUUCACGACGAGGGCCGCGUGGUUCGUCUACGGCGAAUGUACGAGCAGCUGAGCGAGUCGGCGAGGCGAGCGAGCGAGCACCGGUCAGAUGGCUCGCUGUUCGACUCGCGCGGCUCCUCGCGCAGCAUGGUGGACCUGGCCGAGCCUCAACGCCGAGCCCAGGGCGAGUUGAACGCCUCGCUGUUCGGCACCAGAGAGAAGAGCAGGAGCUCCGCCGAGCUGGCGCGCCCCCUAGCAGCGGCACGGACGCCUGCUCCGCUGGAGCCGCCGGCGGAGGAGGAGCACGGGGCGGACGAGCAGGACCGCGCGGUGGCAGCAGCGGCGCGGCGGCAGGCCGUGGACCGCAGCCUCUCUUGCUCAGACGCCGGCCGGCCGGUUCGCGUCGGCCGUUUGCUCUCCUGCUGGGAGCUGUCGAACCUCUCCACGGACGCCAAUCACGCACGCUUCGAGGCCAUCCAGCGCUUCUUCGAGGGUCUGCGCGAGGGCCGGAUCUGCAGCGGCGGCGGCGGCGCCGCCGCUCGCGGCCGCGGCUACUCGCGCGCGGCCUGA